CAGAAACAGCAGUCACCUCAACCUCACCUCACCUGUGGCUUGGACCUUGGACUGAACUGAAAAGGAGUUGUUUUUACCGUUUUUACUAUCGACAUUAUUGCAAUUUGCAUUCAAACUAAAUUAUUACUACGCAAUGAAGGAUUUCUCUGCGCAAACCACCCUAGAUUUCUGCCCUGUCGACUUCAUCAGAGCGCACUCUGCUGACAACAGUAAAUCCGACAUCCGGACAGAGAUUUGGCAGUGUACUUUUCAGCCUGACGUUAAUAAUCCAGGAAAAUUUACUUCGCUUGUUGCGACUUGUGGGGGAAAUAGUGUGUGUGUUACUGAUGUUUCAACCUCCACUGUGAAGUACAAAUUCAAAGCUGAAGUUGGUGAGAAGCUUUUUGCUCUGGCGUGGGGUACAAGCCUUUCUUUCUCAGCAAACGUUCUAUUAGCCGCGAGUGGAACUGGAAGAAGAAUCUUUUUUAUUUCUCCUCACGAGUCUUCAGUUGUAGUUUCACAAGUUUUGGACAAGAGGAUCACUAACUCUGUAAUCUCACUUGUUUUCCAUCCGAAUCAGCUAGACAUUUUAUUUUGUGGAGUAGUAUCAAAGAGCUCAAACCAAAUACUAGUGACAAAAUUUAGUCCAGCACGACUGACGGAACUAACUAUUUUGCACCGUUUGAGAUGCCCAGAUAAUACUCUGCAAAUAGUGCAAAUCACCUUCCACUCAUCGAACAGCUUUCUCUUCUGUGCUCAUAACGAAGGCCUCCAUGCUUGGGACCUAAAUAGUAACCUCAACAAGCUUGGAAAUAAUGAACCUGAUGAUUUUCAAGUGAUUCUUCCUCAACCGAUGUCUAAUACGACUGACAUAUUCAGGACGCCAGAAAAGAUGGUUGACACAGUUUUAUCACUGACAGGAACCUAUCUUGUGGCGUGCAAGAUAGUCAACUCAGAACAUAUCGUUGUCUUUGAUACGAAAAAUGUUGAGAAGAAGAACAACAAGAUGAAGCCUAACAUGUACCAAUUGCUAACAUGGGCUGAUUCGGAUGAUGCCUAUUUGUUCCUUGGUUGGGAACCAGAGAGAAAAAUUCUUGGUUGUGGCGAUCACAAAGGCAGCGUCUGGCUUUACAACCUUGCAGAUUUGAAGUUAACGUCCAGUGAUAGAGACUCCACUCCACCAUCGGGAAUUUUGAAUUGGCCGAAGAAUCUACGAGACAUAAAUGUGGAAGCAGAACGUAAGUUGCAAGUUGGUACUUACAACAUUUUGAUAUCUCAAGUUGCGUUGCAUGAAAAUUAUGUUGUGUCCGUGACGAGGACAAAUUUUAUUUGCGUUUGGAAAGAACGCAUUUCAAAAGAUUAGGAAUCUUGUACAUUAAAGAAUAGAGCCAAAAUUUGUACAACGCAUUUAUUUUAAUGAUGGCAUUUUAGUAACAAUUAUUAUUUUGGUAUCAGAUAUGCAAUCAAAUAUAAAUUACAGUGCAGUUCAAUCUUUU